UUUCACGGCCGUUUCAGCCCUAGUGCUGUAGACUGCCUGUGUGUGGCACCGACCGGGGGAAAAGCUUGCCGUGGAUAAACUGCGAUAUGUGACAUUGUCGAAGGUGUAACUGUUACCAUGUUAGCUACGCUUUUAAACAUUUUCAAAACUCUUCAAAUUCGGGGAAGACGUACUUGAGAACAUUACCUUGCAGCCAUCUUUUAUCAAAACAAAACGGCUCAAGUACAGUAAGUAAGCUAGAGAAACCGUUUCGUCUUGAACCAGACCAAAUUCGUUGGCUAGCUAGUCCCUUCUCGAGAAGCGGGGUGCGCCGAGAGAAGAUGACUGGUGUGGUCUGCGUUGAUCAAGAACCUUCUCGCCACCCUUGGACGGAUUUAAAAGCGGAUUUGUGUAGCUAAAUAUCCGUACUUUUGACAUCAAAUCAUCUGAGUACUAAACACAAAGAUUAAAUCGCGUCUUCAACGAAGGAUUUUGAGCAGUUCUCUAACCCCGCCACAGACUGUUGUUGUGAGAGGAGCAGAGACCAGCCAGACACUGACCGUCUCAUCACCAGAGUACCCGAAGCUCUCGCUUCACCCACAAAUAAACAAAGGAUACAUUUCAAGAUGUAUCCGCAGGGCCGACAUCCGGCACCUGGACACGGUCAGCCGAGUCAGGCUGGGUUCAAGUUCACCGUAGCGGAGUCCUGCGACAGGAUCAAAGACGAGUUUCAGUUCCUGCAGGCCCAAUAUCACAGUCUUAAGGUGGAGUACGACAAGCUGUCCAAUGAGAAGACAGAGAUGCAGCGCCACUAUGUCAUGUACUACGAGAUGUCCUAUGGGCUCAACAUAGAGAUGCAGAAACAGACGGAGAUCGCCAAGCGGCUCAACGCGAUUCUAGCUCAAAUUAUGCCUUUCCUGUCACAAGAGCACCAACAGCAGGUAGCCCAGGCAGUAGACCGAGCUAAACAGGUUACCAUGACUGAGCUCAAUGCCAUCAUCGGGGUACGUGGGCUUCCCAAUCUGCCCCUCACCCAGCAACAGCUCCAGGCUCAGCACCUGUCCCAUGCGGCCCACGGCGGUCCUCCCCUUCUGGCCGCGGGCCUCCAGCCUCCUGGAAUAAUCCCAGGGUCUGGGCUGCUGGCCCUGGGAGCUCUGGGGAGUCAGGCUAACCUCCCCGUUAAAGAUGAGAAGAACCACCAUGACGUGGAGCACAGAGAGAGCACGAAUAACGUCUCCCCGACCGACAGCUUGAGGGCAGCCAGUGAGAAACACAGCUCCUCCGACUACAGUCUGGACUCUAAGAAACGCAAAGUGGACGAGAAGGACAGUAUGAGCAGAUACGACAGUGAUGGAGAUAAGAGUGAUGACCUGGUCGUAGAUGUGUCCAAUGAGGACCCCGCUACCCCUCGGGCUAGCCCCGCCCACUCGCCCGAGGGGAACAGCAUCGGUAAGCCCCGCCCCCAGAAGGACACGCCCACCAGCCCCGCCUCUGUAGCGUCGUCCAGCAGCACGCCUUCCUCCAAGAACAAGGAAAACCAUAAUGACAAGUCAUCAAUGCCAGGCCUGAAGUCGACCACUCCCACCCCUCGUAGCGACGCCCCCACCCCUGGCACCUCCACCACUCCUGGGCUGCGGCCCAUCCUGGGCAAACCCCCUGGCUUGGACGCUCUGGCGGCCCCAGCCCUGAGGACUCCCCUGUACCCUCCCUUCGUUAUGAUGGGUCACCACCAUGAGAUGAACGGAGGUCUGACCAGCCCUGGUGUCUACGCCGGGCUACACAUCUCUCCUCAGAUGAGCGUUGCCGCCGCCGCCGCGUACGGACGAUCACCCAUGGGUUUUGAUCCUCAUCCUCACAUGAGACCAGGUCUUCCAGCCAGUCACACCUCCAUAUCUGGAGGGAAACCAGCCUACUCCUUCCACGUGAGUGCGGACGGCCAGAUGCAGCCGGUGCCGUUCCCUCCGGACGCCCUGAUAGGCCCGGGGAUCCCCCGGCACGCCCGCCAGAUCAACACGCUGAGCCACGGCGAGGUGGUGUGUGCCGUCACCAUCUCCAAUCCAACCAGACACGUCUACACGGGAGGGAAGGGCUGUGUCAAGAUCUGGGACAUCAGCCAGCCGGGCAGCAAGAGCCCUGUGUCACAACUCGACUGUCUGAACAGGGAUAACUACAUCCGUUCCUGUAAGCUGCUCCCCGACGGUCGUACCCUCAUCGUAGGAGGAGAGGCCAGUACUUUAACCAUCUGGGAUCUGGCCUCCCAGACGCCUCGUAUCAAGGCUGAGCUGACGUCUUCCGCCCCGGCCUGCUACGCCCUCGCCAUCUCCCCAGACGCCAAGGUCUGUUUCUCCUGUUGCAGCGAUGGGAACAUCGCCGUCUGGGACCUGCACAACCAGACUCUCGUCAGGCAGUUCCAGGGCCAUACGGACGGGGCCAGCUGUAUAGAUAUCUCUCACGACGGGACCAAGCUGUGGACAGGAGGUCUGGACAACACGGUACGUUCCUGGGACCUGAGAGAGGGACGGCAACUACAGCAGCACGACUUCACCUCACAGAUCUUCUCUCUGGGAUACUGUCCGACAGGGGAGUGGUUGGCUGUAGGGAUGGAGAGCAGUAACGUAGAGGUCCUCCACCACACCAAACCUGACAAGUACCAGCUACAUCUCCAUGAGAGCUGUGUCCUCUCCCUCAAGUUCGCCAACUGCGGUAAAUGGUUUGUGUCUACAGGGAAGGACAAUCUGCUGAACGCCUGGAGGACUCCAUAUGGUGCCAGUAUAUUCCAGUCGAAGGAGUCUUCGUCAGUCCUGAGCUGUGACAUCUCUGCUGACGACAAGUACAUCGUCACAGGCUCCGGGGACAAGAAGGCUACUGUCUACGAGGUCAUCUACUAGAGACAGACACACAGACAAUGGGAUGGGAUUAUGGUGGAGGACCUCAGAUGGGAUCAUGGUGGAGUGGAGGACCUCAGAUGGGAUUAUGGUGGAGUGGAGGACCUCAGAUGGGAUUAUGGUGGAGUGGAGGACCUCAGAUGGGAUUAUGGUAGAGUGGAGGACCUCAGAUGGGAUUAUGGUGGAGUGGAGGACCUCAGAUGGGAUUAUGGUGGAGUGGAGGACCUCAGAUGGGAUUAUGGUGGAGUGGAGGACCUCAGAUGGGAUUAUGGUGGAGUGGAGGACCUCAGAUGGGAUUAUGGUGGAGGGGAGGACCUCAGAUGGGAUUAUGGUGGAGUGGAGGACCUCAAAUGGGAUUAUGGUGGAGUGGAGGACCUCAGAUGGGAUUAUGGUGGAGGGGAGGACCUCAGAUGGGAUUAUGGUGGAGUGGAGGACCUCAGAUUGGAUUAUGGUGGAGUGGAGGACCUCAGAUUGGAUUAUGGUGGAGUGGAGGACCUCAGAUUGGAUUAUGGUGGAGUGGAGGACCUCAGAUGGGAUUAUGGUGGAGUGGAGGACCUCAGAUUGGAUUAUGGUGGAGUGGAGGACCUCAGAUGGGAUUAUGGUGGAGUGGAGGACCUCAGAUGGGAUUAUGGUGGAGUGGAGGACCUCACAUUGGAUUAUGGUGGAGUGGAGGACCUCAGAUUGGAUUAUGGUGGAGUGGAGGACCUCAUAUGGGAUUAUGGUGGAGUGGAGGACCUCAUACGGGAUUAUGGUGGAGUGGAGGACCUCAGAUUGGAUUAUGGUGGAGUGGAGGACCUCAGAUGGGAUCAUGGUGGAGUGGAGGACCUCAGAUGGGAUUAUGGUGGAGUGGAGGACCUCAGAUGGGAUUAUGGUGGAGUGGAGGACCUCAGAUGGGAUUAUGGUAGAGUGGAGGACCUCAGAUGGGAUUAUGGUGGAGUGGAGGACCUCAGAUGGGAUUAUGGUGGAGUGGAGGACCUCAGAUGGGAUUAUGGUGGAGUGGAGGACCUCAUCAUGCUCAGGAACACUGGAUUACUCCUACCUCCCUCACAGAGACACACAUCCUGGAUGUGAUGUUGGCGUUCUGGAGUCUGCUGGCCCACAGACCCCCCGGCUAUCUGAGAUGCUUCGCUGACCUGGGCAGGAGGGCCGGGCUGAGUUUGGCCAAACUUGACCAGUCUGGUAUUGUGUCUCAGGCUUUCACUCGUUAGGACUAAGGAGUAGCACUACACUAGCUGAGUGAGUUAAGCUCCAGAAGAACUAAGAGAAGAAGAGAAAUAUUGUUUUUCUAUUUGUUUUUUUGUGUCGCGGCGGCACAGAGAGGAUAGAGGUUCGAGGUUCAGCGUGAAGAAGCAGCCUGUGUAAAGUCAAAUGUACAUAGUAGUUUAGCUAGUGUACAAGACGGCAGAAUAACAGGCCUUUAUAUUGUGGUGUCCAGAUCCACUCUCUCUGGUUCUGCCUGUGUGAUGGUUCUCUCUGCAUGUGUUAUUGGGCUCCAGAGUGGCGCAGUGGUCGAAGGCACUGCAUCUCCGUCCAAGAGGCGUCACUGCAGUCCCUGGUUCGACUCCAGGCUGCACAUCCGGCCGUGAUUGGGAGUCCCAUAGGGUGGCGCACAAUUGGCCCAGCAUCGUCCGAGUUUGUAAAUAUUAAUUUGUUCUUAACUGCCUGGUUAAAUAAAGGUGAAAUAAAAAAUGUAA